AUGCUGGAGGCAGGCAUAGUGCAGCCCAGCAAUAGCCCCUUUGCCUCUCCAGUCGUGCUGGUGAAGAAGAAGGAUCAGACAUGGCGGUUUUGUGUUGAUUUUCGAGCUCUCAACAAAAUCACUAUCAAAGAUAAGUACCCCAUUCCUAUAAUAGAUGAAUUGUUAGAAGAACUAGAAGGGGCAGCCAUUUUUUCAAAAAUUGAUCUAAGGGCAGGUUACCAUCAGAUUUGGAUGGUUUCAGAAGAUGUUUUUAAAACAACCUUUAGAACACACAAUGGCCACUAUGAAUUCCUAGUCAUGCCCUUUGGCCUAUCUAAUGCACCGGCCACUUUCCAAAGUCUAAUGAAUGAUAUUUUUCGAGAUCAUUUGAGGAAAUUUAUUUUGGUUUUCUUUGAUGAUAUACUAGUUUACAGUAAGACCAUGGCCGACCACAUACAACACCUUAGGUUGGUAUUUGAACUGUUAUGUACCCAUCAAUUAGUAGCAAAGGAAAGCAAGUGUGUGUUUGGGACAAAACAAAUGGAAUACCUGGGACAUGUGAUCACUAAGGAGGGAGUGUCAACAGACCCACAUAAAGUUACUGCUAUCUUGCAAUGGCCAGUACCUACAACCAUCAAACAGCUUAGAAGUUUCCUGGGCUUAACAGGGUAUUAUAGAAAGUUUGUGCAAGGUUAUGGAACUAUUUGCAGACCUCUUACUCAGUUAUUGCAGAAGGACUCCUUCAUAUGGACAGACACGGCUACCAUGGCUUUCAAGCAGCUCAAAGAAGCAAUGUCCCAGCCCCCUGUGCUAGCUCUGUCGAAUUUUGACAAAACAUUUGUAGUAGAGACUGAUGCUUCAGGAGUGGGUAUAGAGGCAGUUCUGAUGCAAGAAGGACACCCCAUUGCAUUUGUGAGCAAAGCUUUAGGUCCUCGACAGCUAGCACUAUCAACUUAUGAGAGGGAGUUGUUGGCCAUUGUCUUUGUUGUAUGGCUAACUAAGCUUUUGGGUUUUGAUUAUGAUAUUGAAUAUCGAAGGGGCAAAGACAACCUAGCUGCAGACGCCCUUUCCCGAGUUUCUCACAAUGAGUUAGGUGCCUUAACCCUUUCUUCCAUUUCCACCACUAUCAUGGAAGACAUUAAGAAGACUUGGGACACUGAUCAAAACCUGCAGCAGCUCAUAGCAGACCUCACCAAGGAUGCUAGCUCACACCCCAACUACUCAUGGGUCAAUGACACUCUUAUUCAAAAAGGAAAGGUGUUCUAUUGGAAGAAACUCCAAAGGCUGGUAAGACAAUAUGUCAGGGAAUGCCCAAUUUGUCAGCAGAACAAGGUGGAAAAUGUCAAGCCUCCAGUAGCCAAAGUCUUUAUGGAAAAUGUGUAUAAGCUGCAUGGGAUGCCAACAACAAUUGUGAGUGACAGGGACAACAUCUUCCUCAGCCAGUUUUGGAAAGAGCUAUUUAAACAGCAGGGGGUCAACUUGCAAUACUCUACAGCCUAUCAUCCACAGUCUGAUGGACAGACAGAAGUGGUCAAUAAAUGUAUCGAGGGCUACUUAAGAUGCAUGACAGGAACCAUCCCUGCACAAUGGGGACGAUGGUUGAGCUCCUGUGAAUGGUGGUACAACACGAACUACCACACCUCUACUAAGAAGACACCCUACGAGAUCCUAUAUGGAAUGGCGCCUCCAAUUCACCUUCCCUAUACACCUAAGGACUCACCAUUGGAGGUUGUGGACCAGUACUUAACUCAAAGGGAAGACAUGUUCAAGCUCAUCAGGAACAACCUCCUGCAGUCCCAAAACAGAAUGACACAGCAAGCAAACAAGAAAAGGAACGAAAGAAUGUUCUCUGAAGGUGACUUAGUUUAUCUAAAACUACAGCCAUAUCGACAACAAUCGGUUCACAAACGAAGCUCUUACAAAUUAUCAGCAAAGUAUUACGGUCCCUACACUAUCAUUAAGAAGAUUGGAACUGUAGCCUACAAACUACAAUUACCUGCUACUGCUGUGGUACAUCCGGUAUUUCAUGUGUCCCAGUUGAAGAAACAUGUAGGCAAUCAUGUUGUGCAGUCUGAUCUUCCUGUUCUUUCGGACAAACCACUGCUGCAUCCACAGAAAAUUAUUGAAAGGAGAAUGGUUAAAAGAGGGAAUACUGCAACAACCCAGUACUUGGUUCUAUGGAAGAACUUACCUUUGACAGAAGCGACUUGGGAAGAUGCGGAGGAGUUUAAUUGGCGAUUCCCUCAAUCUCACCUUGAGGACAAGGUUGAUCUCAUGAAAGGGGCAUUGUCACAAACAGAAUGGAAGCAGACGCGAACUUAA